GUUAUGACAAAGGGCAUCUGUUUUUGGCUGAGCUCAUGGUGCAUUUGAGGAGGUAUGACCUCCUCAGGCAGGUGUUUGGGUUCAGCAGGGAUGAGGUGGAGAGAGCUUUGAGAUCCAGGCGGGUUCUCCCCAGAUUCAGGGAAAUGGUGGGAAUGUUGCGUGUGCAAAAGGGAGCUUGAAAUAAAUCAAUAAAGAUUUACCCAACCCCGAUUUACUCACCUGGGGUGCGGCUUCGGUCUAUGGUGCAUGGAGGCGAAGGCGACGCCACAGAGGGAAGCGAGCCGGCAUCCAAGUGAAGCUCCGCAAGAGAGGAUACAGAUUGGCGUUUCCGUCGAUCCACCUCGCGAAUCUACGCUCCCUUCCCAACAAAAUGGACGAGCUUCAUCUUCUGACAAAGACCAGUAAAGACUUGGGACGUUCCGCCGCCCUGUGCUUUACGGAGACUUGGCUUUGUGAACGCAUCCCUGAUGGCGCAGUUAUGCGUCCCGGCUUCCAUCUUCACCGGGCAGACCGCGUCAUGGAAUUAUCGGGGAAAACAAAAGGCGGCGGGAUGUGCUUCUGUAUCAAUGAAAAAUGGUGUACGGAGCUCACCGACCACCAUCACACCUCUGACGUCUGCAUUGACCAUCCACGAACAGGAUGUGAGACACAUAUUCAUACAACAAAAGAUCAACACAGCGGCAGGCCCAGACCUUGUGUCCCCAUCCUGCCUCAAAGUCUGCGCGGACCAGCUCGCUCCAGUCUUGACACAGAUCUUCAAUAGAUCCCUGGAACUGUGCGAAGUACCAUCCAGUUUCAAACGCGCCACCAUCAUCCCAGUCCCCAAGAAACCUGCAAUCUCGGGCCUGAAUGACGACAGGCCUGUCGCCUUGACAUCUGUGGUCAUGAAGUCCUUUGAAAGCCUCGUGCUGGACCACCUGAAGAGCCUCACGGGUCCCCGGCUGGACCCCCUGCAGUUUGCCUACCGAGCAAACAGGUCUGCGGAUGACUCGGUCAAAAUGGAACUGCACUUCAUACCAGAACACCUCGACGGUGCAGGGACCUACGCGAGGAUCCUCUUUGUGGACUUCAGCUCUGCGUUCAACACCAUCAUGCCUGAACUCCUCACCUCCAGGAUUCUCCAGCUCAGCCAUCUGCCAGUGGAUUUACAGCUUCCUGACGGGCAGGACACAGCAGGUCACGAAUGUGUUGUUCCUCCUGUCGUCCCCGCUCCCUCCCGCAGAGUACUGAUGGCUUACAUAAGUGAGGACAUGGCCAAGGAGGAUGUGAACAGUGUGAAAUUUCUGCUGGGUGACAUGCUACCGCGUGAGAAAAUGGAAACUGCCAAGAACUUCCUGGACUUGGUUCGAGAACUCGAGCACAUAGGCAAGGUUUCCCACACAAGAGUGGACCUUUUGGAGGAAUGUUUAAUGCACGUCGGCAGGGUAGACCUGGCCAAAAAACUCAAGGUGUACAAGAUGUCAGGAAACGUGCCAGUACCUGAGGAAGUGGUGCACCACGCCUGCCAGCAGAGUCCAGUAAAUCGGUACACAUUCACCAGUGACCCCAGAGGAGAGUGCAUAAUCAUAGACUGCGUGGGUAAUGAUGGAGAGAUGUUGGAGCGCACGUUUAAGUCACUGCACUUCAAUGUGACCCUGCACAAAUGGCUUAACCUGGUUGAGACUGUCUCAACCCUCAGAGAGGUCUUCCGAAGAAGUCCGGACCACAGCGGGGACGGCUUCGUCUGCUGCAUUAUCAGCCGCGGUACCGACACUCACCUCCUGGCCACAGACACAAACUGCGAAGGGCUCCGUCUCGAAGAUGUCCGCCGCCUUUUCGCCGGUGACGCGUGUUCAGUACUGGUUGGCAAGCCAAAACUGUUCUUCAUCCAGAGCUACACUGUAUCGGCGGUCCAACCCUGUGCUACAGAGAACCACUGGGAUGACGACCUGGAGACGGAUGGUGGCGGUGGUCAGUUGAGACCCGAUUGUAUCCCGUCAGAUGCCGACGUGCUCUGGAGCCACUGCUGGACUGAACGUCAACUGCAGCGAGGCCAACACCGUUCAAUUUACCUGAAGGCUUUGACGGACGCCUUGGUCAGAAGCCAGGGAAGGAGCAGACAUGUGGUUGAUCUCCACGUGGCGGUGAAUGGAGCAAUCUUUGAGCACAACAGCAGUGUUUUAGGUGUCUUGAACCUGACAUUUACUUGGUCCUUCGAGCCGGAUUCCAACAUACCCGACAAAUCCAGCGGGCGGGUGGAUUGCAGUAUAAAGACCAUGGCCAUGGCGGACUCCAUUUAAAGUGAGUCCAAAAGACCCUUUCCGGGACUGAAAUCGGCCCGCCAGCUGGAAUCCAAAAGGUUGACGGUACUCUGAGAAGACAGACAGGGGUGAGUUGAGUUUUCAUUUAAAAAGGUAUGAAUGAAUAAGGAAAAGGUUUGCGAAACCUGAGACAAAAAAAACCUGUGAAUACUAGUUAAUGGCGGGUCAGACAAGAAACUAGGAAAGUUUCGUGGCGUCGUAGUUAAAUUCCGUACAGGACGGCGGAGUCCUCUGACGAACCAGUGUGAAUGAAAACGGUUUGAAUGAGAGUGUAAACGGGAAAUGGGAAAUCACUAGGUUUUCCAUUCCAUACCAAAACAGUGGGUUUGUAAACAGCAGACUUUUGUGGAUGCGAAGGCAAGAAUUCUCCACCUGAAAAGGUUGAAGUGAGAAUUACCACAACAGAAAAUUUGAGUUGUUGUCCUACUGAAAAGAAACAGUGUUCUAGACUACCCUAGGUAGUAUUACACUGAACCAAAUUCUUUCAAAUGGGGAAAGGAAGUAGUAAAAUAAAAAAACAGGGAUACACUGCAGUGUAAAGAUUGGAAGUUCAUUAAAUUACAUUAAAAAAAAAAAAGAACAAUGGUUUAAAAAUCAUGUAAAAAUUGUCCUAAAGGUAAACCUGUCUUACAAAAAAAAACUUAUAUAAAUGGGCAUCAAUAUUGAGCCAUGGUUCAACACGUCUCAACAGGAGGGAUGGUAAGACAGAUAAUAUUAUACAAUUUAUGGUUUUAAUUCUUAUUCCAAAAAUUUUGUAGAGCAUGUAUGAUUUGUGCUAGGCAUAAUCCACAAGGCAAUUUGAGGCCCAGGAGAGGUACAUUUCCUGCACCUCAAUACCCUUUUCAAAUAAUUCACAUGGACUUUAUUGAAUUAAACCAAAGUGAAGGGAAAAAGUAUUGUUUGGUCAUCGUUGAUGCAUUUUCUAAAUGGAUAGCGCUGUUCCCCACAAAACAUCCAGACGCACUAACAAUAGUGAAGGCGUUGUGUAAAGACAUUAUACCGCAUGGCCCUUGACAUGAUCCUUGCCGAAAAGAAUGGUGUUUGUGCAAUGUUUGGUCCACAAUGUUGUACUUUUAUUCCCAACAAAACAGCCCCGGAUGGAAAAGUAACGAGCGCUACAUGGGUUACAAACUUUGGCUGCUGAAAUGGCCGAUUCAACAGGCGUUUCCAACCCCCCUGGAAGAUUGUGGUUUGGAAAAUUACAACACCUUGUAAUUACAUUUAUAAUUGCUAUUGUUACUGCUGUUACUUUGUUUAAGUUCUGCUCACACAAGACGACGUCGUGUCCAGAUGGAUGAAUUAUUGAUGAAGAAUAUACAAUGGCUUUUCUCUUAGCAUGUUACGGGCAGAUCCAACUUACAUAGAUGCAAUUGGAAUUCCAAGAGGGGUACCUGAUGAAUACAAAUUAGUAGAUCAAGUAGCAUCAGUCUCAGUCUCAUCAAUUUUAAUAUCAAUAGCAGUAUUUGCUGCAAUACUGACAUUGUGUGGAUGUUGCUGUAUUCCAUGUUUACGAGCACUUCUGAAUAGAGGAAUCACCACCGCAAUCCAACCUAUGAGCAAUCGUGCAGAACAAAUGUACCCCCUUCUAACAAAACAGAACCAGGAUAGUUCUGAUGACGAUGAUGAUGGGGAAAUGGAGAUCGGGACAUUGUUUGAUUCAGCUGACGAGACCAAAUAAAGCAUUUCAUGUCUUGUGUUCAUGAUAAUGGUCUUACAGCCAAAAAUCAGAAGAAGCGGCUACAAAAGAAAUGCUUAAACUUAGUACUGUAUACGAGUAGUUCCCUUAUUUGGGUGCUGUUAAACAUAACUUUUAAAAGUAAUCUCAUUUUAAACCUAAAUACAUCUGAAAUUUCAUGUGGUGACAAACAUAAAAAUAAAAUAAAGAAAUGAGACUAUCA